UGUUGUGUUGUUAAGAAAAUUAAGGCAAAAAUAAUAUUACAAUACUUUAAAGAAAUAAUACACACCAAUGUAUUUAUUGACAAUCAAGUAACAAGUUAUUGAGUUAUUUUUUUAAGUCCUGUUAAACUGAUUCGUUCAUGUUUAUUAAAAGUGUCACAGUUUCAUUAUCGUUUGUUCCACUAAAAAGUUUCACUUGUAAUUCACUGCUAUUGACCUAAGUGCUAAUUGGCCAACCUUCAAAUGUUUUCUUCAGUUGUGGUAUAACUGAUACAAUAUAAUUUAGCGCGUCCAUACCUCUCGUGCGAUUGUUACUUUUGUUGUCAAAACAGAUGAAUUGUGAAAAUGGAUAGAUUAAAUCAGAUACGGGGCGAGGCGGGAAGCUCGCGAGACUUAACGUUGGAUACUACUUCCCCGCCGAGUGAGGCCUAUAUGACGGCUAAUGAGAGCUCUUCAAAAUAUUUCUCGCUUUCAGAAGUCGAUUCAACUUUUAGCAUUUCCCCUUCGAAGGAAUCUCUGACGACGACCAACGCUGACCCAGACCGGACUAUCACAUCUGAUGCUGAAUUGAUAUCAAAUCUAUCACCUAUUCCGAAAAAGAGCGAUUUAGAUAGUUAUAAAAUUGGUAAGCAAAUAGAGGCCGCCAAUAUCCUCUCUGGUGGUGUCAAUAUUUUCGAUGAUAAUGAAAACUCUUAUGAUGGUGAUGAACUUGUGAUAGAUGACAAUGUGAUGGUGGAUGACGAAAAAGUUAAUGCUGAAUUAAAAAAUAAUGAGAGUACUGAGCCUCCAUUAGAUAAAAUGGAUAACCUGGAAGCUUUGGAAGAUACGGAGACUAUACCGAGUAAGGAUACCGAAGUGGUGCUACAAAUAGAUGGAAAAAAUGUUGAUGCUAUUGAUAUUGGUAAUGGAUUAUAUUUAUAUAGAAAAGCUGGUCAAGAAGAAUUAGCAGCCGUACAAAUAAAUAAUGAUGAUCAACAGCAGCCGAGCUUUAAGUUUUUAAAAGUGCGGGAGAAUGCUGAAGGAAAUUUGGAAGUAUAUGAAGAAAUUGAGGUUGAGAUACCAAAAGAAGUGCCAACAAAGGAUGGAAAUCCUGCUGGAAACACUUCUCAUGUGCCUAUAAAGGAUAUAAGUAAAGUGAUAAAUGAACCUUUAAGUAAUAAAGUUGCUGAUAAAAUACCUAAAACACCAAAAAAUGAAAUUAAUGUUAAUAAUGAUUUGGGAUUAGAAUGUAAUGUAGAAUUACAAUCAGAAAUAAAAACAGAAGUAAAUUUAAAUGGUAAAAUGAUGAAAUUCCAUGAAUCUCGUAAAUCUCCACUUAUAGGUACAUACACUCCUAUGACUUAUCAUUCAACACCAAAUAAAGAAGGUAUACCCUUAACAAAAACAAUGGUCGAUCAACAGCUACAUCCCAGUAGACAUUCAGAUAAUAUCAAAAAGACUAUUGAAGUGCAUACUGAUAGUUGUAGACAGAAACAUUUAGAAACUCCUCCAAAAAAUAAAGAUUUGCAUGAAGUACCUAAAACACCAGAUAAUAUUAAUUAUCAAGAAAACGAAGAGAGCGAAGACGGAGCGUCAAUUAUUCCACCGAAAGAUAUCUGUCAAAAACUACCUUUAAAUGAAUCAGAUUCAAAAACAAUAGACAUAAUUGAUAAUUGUGAAUCAUCUAAAGGAGAAAGCAUAAUUAUUGAAGAGAAUGAUACAUCUAUUAUAAUUGUAGACAAUUCUGAAUCUUCAAUACCAACUGUGAAUGAAGAAAAGGUUAAGAAAUUUGACGAAGAAAUACCAUCAACAGUAAAAAAUGAAUUACCUAAUGAAGAAAAGAACAUUAAAGGCAAUACCAUCAUUCUUCAAGAUGAUAAUGUAAAUUCAGACAAUGAAACUAAUAAUCCACUUUCUAAAGAAGUUGAUAAUAAAAAAGAUAAAGACUCAAGUGAUACGCAACUAAAAGAAGAAACUAUGGAAGGUAUUAAAACCGAUAAAUAUAAAAUCUUUGACAAUGUUGCCAAAGAUAAUAUUGAAGUGCAAGCAUUUUGUGAAAUAAAUCAUGUUGAAACACAAUUGCAUGAAAAAGCAUUAAUUAACGACAGUGCUCUAUGUUCAAAAGAUUGCAAUAAAAAAGAUGAAACCAUAAAAGUAAUAGAAGAUGUCAGUACAAAUAUUGACAUUGGGUCAGAACCUAACAAUGAAGUUAAAAUUACUAACCCAACACCUGUUCCAGAAACAACUAAUGCAAAUGAGAUUAAAAAUGACGGAAGUGAAAUAAAAAACCAUAAAGAAAGCUCUCAAAACAAUAUAAAUGAAAUUUGUGACAGUACUGAACAUACCAAGUCAGAAUCAAUGAACACAAUGAAAGAAAACGAAAUUCAGGAAGUAAUUAUCAUUAGCGAAAAUAAACAUGGUGCUGACACUAUGACUAUGAUAAAAGAUAAUGAAGUCAUAACUCCCAAAGCACAAUUGGAUAUAGCUAAGAAAUUAGAAGACAAACUUAAAAAUAUUUCUGCAGAAGAAAAAAUCACUAGUGUAAAAGAUACAACAAGUGCCAAUAAAACAGUUGACACCGAAAAUAAAUCACAUUCGAAAGAUUGUAAAGAAGAAGAUAAAUCUGAAACAAAAAAAGCAAAAGAUUGUAUAACAAAUGAUUCAAAACAAGGAAACAAUGAUAAAUGCUUAAAUUCAUUACAAAAAUCAAACCCAGAAUUUGUUACUCAUUUGAAAGACUCUGUUUCUCAGUCAAUCACAGUCAAUUGUGAUAAAAAAAUAAUUGAUACUGAUAUUUCUAAAAAAAUGAAACAGGCAAAUGUGGCAAUGAAUAUAAAUAAGCUAAUGUGUCCAAAAAGUGAUACAGACAAAAAUAAAAUAGAAAUAAAGGAUGAUACAACAAAAUCAAAAGUAGUUGUAGCUUCAAAACCACUUAACAAUAACAAUAGUGCAGUUCCUUUUGGAAAAUGGACUUCUGCAAAUAGACAAGAGUUUUUGAAUAAAAUAAAAGAGACAAAAAUACCUACUAUUAAUUCCAACACAAAGCAACUGAAACAACCUAAUGACUUAAAUAGAAGGGAUGUAUUGAAAAAAAUUGAUAGCCAAAGACAAUCUGCCACAGGAUCUAUAAAAGUUGGUGAUUUUGGGAAAAUGUCGAAACUUAAUACAAAAAUUGAAACUGCGGCAUUUGUUAAUAAAAGUAGUGCUCACCAAAACACAAAUAAUACAGAAACAAAAGUUACUUCACUAAAAAUUCAACCUUCAUUUGUAAAACAAAAACCUAUGGUGAGCAAGAAACCAUGCAAAGAAGAAGAAUCUAUAGAUUCUAUUUCAACUAAAGUACCCAUACAGCGAAAAGAAAUCAAUAACCAGGACCUAAUUGAUAAAACGAUUGAAGGUAUCAUUAACAGAGCGGUAGCAACAAAGGGUACAACAGAAAAUACUGGUGAAAAAACCGAAAAUACUGAUAAAAAUAUAAAUACAAGUACUCAAGCCUCAUUAGAUGAAAUUGAGAUGAAAAUGAACGAAUUACACGGAAAUCCGUUUGAAGGCCGAGCGUCACAUGAGAUGCCCCAAAUGAUUAGUAACGAUGUUAAAAUUAUUACUAAACCUGACCACAUACAAAUGGACAAAAAUAGUAAAAUACCCAGCCUUGUACCAUUUAAAAAUAAAGAUCAUAAUGUUGUAAAAGAAAAGGAACUGGAUGAACUUUCAGAUGAGGAAAUAUUAGAGCAUGAGCCAAUCACAGGAGACAUAGAUGUUAAUAAACAAAAUUUAGUAUCUUUAUUAUCCAAUAAAGAGAAAACGCCAAAUGAUACCAAGAAAGAAGCGAUAAUUACGGAAAAAGACUUUGAUAAGUUUGCGAGAAGAAAUUCUUUUACUUAUGAAAAUUGUAUUACUAUGAGUUUUGAUGGGAAAGAGCCACAUAAUGUUAUCCAAACCGUUGUGGAGAAAGAACCUCCGGUGAAAAAAUUAUCUCGAAAUGAAUUAAUGCUUGCCGAAUCUAAAGCUAAGUCUACUAUUAAACAACAUAAUAUUGCAAUGAGACACAAUAACCAAUUAAGUAAAAUUCCAACUUCUAUAAAGAUAGCGAAUGAAGACGAUACAUUGAACAAAAAUUACCAAUCUAAAGUGCAAAUCGCCUAUCAGUCUGUUCUGACAGCGAAGCGAAAUUUGGAGUGUCCAAUAUCAAUAAUAGAAGAUAAACCAGUAAAAGUAGUUUAUAUGGAAUCUAACACGGAGUUUACCCCAACACAAUUAAAUGUACAGGGACAGGAGUUGUCACCAUCUAAAAAACAAAUACCGGAAUCAUCUGAUGUACACAGUGCUUCAGAGUCUUUAGAUUCAGAUACACUAGAGACCAUUAAUGAAAUAAAGCCACAAGACGAAACAAAGUUUAAAAUCAAACAUCAAAGAAAACAAGUCUUGACGCCAGUUAACGAACCUGAAUUAGAAUUGAUUGAACCAGGUGAUCUAGGCAUUGAAGUAUCGCCGAAGAAAAAACGUAAGUUAGAAGAUAAAACUGAAAAAACCACAAAAAACCUUGUGCCAAAGAAAUCUUAUCUGUUAAAUCGUAAUAUAAUAGACGAUGAAGUCAAGAAAACUCAAGAUUUAGUGAAAAGUUCACCAAACGAAACCAAGAAUAAAAGUGAAACAUUUAAAAGUCGUACAGAUACUAUAUCAGCAAUAGAUAAUUUAGUCAAAGCUGCUGAAUUAAUCGAAACACAAGCUGAAAAUAAAAACGCUAUAAUUAAUGUACAAUCUUUGGAUAAUUCUCAAAACACGCCAAUAAAGAGAGGAAGAGGUCGACCUAGAAAGUAUCCACUACCUGAACAAGGAAAAGAAUUAAAAGUUCCAAGUCCACAGAAAAAGCCUCGAUUAAUAGAUGCUAAAGUUACCAAAAAUUACACAGAUUCAGAGGAUAGUAGUGACGGAGAAAUCAUAAAAGAAAAUUGGACAAUGGGAAAAAUUAAUGAAAAUAUUGUCUGUCCUAUUUGUAAUAAAUUAUUUAGAUCUGAAAAUGUUGUAUUUAAACACGUCAAGCAUUGUACCGGUCCGUCGCCUAAUAGAUCUGAUUCGGAUAAAAGAAGUCCGAUGAGACUGAGACACUCGUCUGACAGGAAAUCCUGCGAAAGUAGAUCAGACUUUACAGAUGACGACGACGAACAAGAGAAAAUUAGAAGUCGCAAAGCUCGUCACUAUGCUCAAUCUAUGAAUGACACAGACGACGUUAUUGUAAUAGAAGACACACCUAUUAAAGAGAAGUCGGAAAAAAAACAAAAACUAAAACUUUCGGAGUUAAAGAAAAACAUCACUAGAAGUAAACAUCAACAUAAUACAAAUAAUCUAAUUUGUGAAUUUUGUGGUAAAACAUUCAGGCAGUUAUCAUAUUUAGUCAAUCAUAAACUGCAACACAAAAAAGAAGAUAUGAAAGACGCUGAAAGUGAAGUUACGAAAUCUGUCUUUAGUUGUGAAGUUUGCAAAAAAGAGUUUCGAAAAUUGCACCAUUUAGUCCAGCAUCGAAUAAUCCAUACUUCUAACCCCAUAGCAACAAGGAUACUCAGAAAAAGUUCUUCUGAACAGCAUGAUACUUCAAAACCUUUGAAAAAUCAGAAUGAAACGAAACAAAACGAUGAUACAAGUGCUGGUUUUCGAUGUGAACCAUGCGAUAAAUCCUUUAGAAAAUUACAUCAUCUUGUUGAACAUAGAGAAACUCAUGAUGGUAUCAAUAAAAAAUGUACUUCAAAUUCACAAAGUUCCAAUGAAACUACCAAGCCUUCACUAUCUCACUAUUGUGAUGUAUGCAAAAAAGUAUUUAAGAAAUUACAAGAUUAUUUGGAACAUAAGGAACAACAUUUUGAAACAAGUUCUGAAAAAUCAGAUGAUAAAAGUGUUAAGAGCUCACUCUCAACAAAAGAUAUUAUACACGAAUGUUCACUUUGUUACAUGGUGUUCCCUAAUGAGCAUUCUUUAAAUAAACAUACAGUUAUUUGUCUGAGAAAGAAAAAACAAUCGGCUGCUAAGCAGGCUGCCAAGAAGACCGAGGAAGAAGAAGUUAUCGACGGCGAUGAAACUAAAUCUGAUGAAAGCAUGUCUGAAGACUUUAUUGACCCAAUUAAACACCAUGAGCAAGCUGACACUUGCGAAAUAACUGAAAGCCCACAUGAAGAUACAGAUACUUUGGAACAAAAACAAGAAUCUGACGAUGUUGAAAAAUUAAACAUUAUUCCUGAUAAUGAUAACAUCAAAGAAUUGGAAAAGAAAAAACACACUUUGGAACCAAAAAUAAGUGAUGUAGUAUUAAUACCUGAAAAAAUAUCUACAGAACAAACUAAACAAAAUAUAACUGCCGUUGAUAAUGUUUCUGAUAAUUCAGUUAAAAUAAAGAAACCUGAAAUUAAAGAACAUGUUACGAUUGUAGAAACACCUACACCUAAAAAGAAGUUGCCUCCUAAAGAUAAAAUAACUCCAACCGUUACGAAAAGACAUAAAACAGUUAAUAUUUCUCUACCAGCUGUUGAAGAAUCAAAAUUUAAAGUGGAGUCCAGUGAUGAUGAUGAAAUACGAUACAUGUUAAACCCAAAUUUCAAAGAAGACGAACCUUCCGAGGGUAAACUGUUCAUGAAAGUAAGAGCUAAGAAACGCAAUUCCCUUCAAAUAGAAAGACCAAACUCGAAAGAUUUAAUUAAAAGAAGAAUAUCGUUGCAGCAUCCGCCAAAAAUACCACGCUUGAAAGCAAAAGCAGUCGAACCGAGACCUCUUAAUUCCUUAACAGUCGAGAAGAAGUUAAAGCUUUCGAAACCAGUACAGUUGCCUUACACGGAUUCCGAUGAUAGUGAUGUAAAAUAUUCCUUCCCGAGAACAAAACCGUCGGAAGAUGUCGCUUCUAAAGAUAUAGACAAGAAAAGUAAAAAAAUGUCGUUGGGUGCUAAAAGAAAAUCUCUCAGUGGAAUAGCGAAACGAAAAUCAAUGGGAAAGCACAAGUUAGCGACACCAACAAAUAAAACCAAAAAACGCACAACAGAAAUGGAACAUAGAUGCGACUGCGGGCAGUUGUUUAGCAGCGCGGCGCUGCUGUCCCGACACACGACUCUGGCGCACACGCCGCCCCGGAUCCGUCGCCGGCGCUCGCCUCCUCCCGAGGUCGAAACACAAACGCCUAAUAAGUCACGGACAAAUAAAACUAAAACGAUUGUGCAAUCAAAAAAGCUCAGAAGUGAUGUUACCAACUCGAAUAUGACCCAAAACUUAGGAGUAGGAACCAGAAAAUCUAGUGUUAAUAAUAGUGAAGCGAAAAUUACGAAUGACGUUGUCAAGGCGAUAAAAAGCGAACCCAGCGGUAAAAAACUCAGAAGUUCCGCACAUAGAGGAGUGCCUGUACCGGAGAAAAUGAGAAAACUUAUGGAGAAAUCGAAAAAGUAACUGAUAUCGGUAAGAGAAGAAGUUGUUGACUGAGUAGGAUUUCUGGAUAUUGUAUGAGAAACUAGAAUAAGAAUAGGGGUCGCUAGUAUGUAGAUAAAAUCACACAUCACAAGCGCUCACAAUGAUGAAACAGACGGACCAUUGUUUAAUAGAUAUAUUUUUCCUAUUUCGGCAUGUUUAAGAUACACCAAAUGACAAAUAUUUUUAUCGCAGUUUGGAGCGUUGGUCUUGUCUAUAUGUAAAUUUGCGAAAUUAAGAAUCAUAUAUAGGUAUAUAUUUUGUCAAUUUGUUCUAUUAUAGAUAUAGAUAUAUGAUGUAAAAGAGUAAUUAUUUAUAUUUGUGUUAGUAUUAAGAAUAAUUUCCUUUUUUUAUAUUUCUUUUACGCGCAGUGCAGUUUUAGUUGAACUGUUAUAUAAUCAUUAACACUGCUAACAAAAAUGUCUAUUAAUAAGAAUUGUAAACAAUUGGGCGAUACUUGAUUAAAAUGUUGUACACUUGUUCUUGUUGCAGUAAUGAACAAAUAAAACCAAAAUAUAUAUAUAUAUAUAUAUAUUAAUAAAAAUGUUAUUAAGAAGCACAGGUACAAUUUUAAAGGUAUCUAUUGAGCCAAGGAAAUAAUCUAAUUAAUUUUAUGUCGCAGAUGUGUUGUAAACUGCAAGUUUAGUGAGAACUACUGUUUCGUAGAACGAAACUUUAUCACCAUUUUUGUUAAUUUCUACCAUUUUACGAUUUUUGAAUUUUAAUUCGAUCAUAAAAUUCUGACACUAGUCUGUGUAUGCACAAUUUUGAUAUUAAAUAGAAUAGAGCAAACAACUACAAAUCGCCCAACUUUUAAUUCUGAAAAGUAAACCACAAGAGAUCGGUUUUAUUGUUGUGGUACAAUGUAUAGGACAAUCUUAAUACAUUUCCCUAUUAUGGUUAUUUCAAAGGGCAGGGUAAAAAAUUUAGGAACAUGAUAAAAUAAACAUAUCGGAAGUUUCAUUUUUAAUCAAUAUAUAUUUGUGAUGUCGAUGAUAUUGUGGAUAUAAAAUGAGCUUAUAGAAAACAUUUUAGUGGUUUUUGAAAAAUUGUAAAUUUGCUAUAGCAAAUUAAAGAGCUUCCCAAUUUUGGAUUGUUCCCCAAACGCUUUGUAGCAUAUUUUAAAAUGUAAUGACGAAAGGCGUAGUAAAAUUGAUCUUUCACCAAAUAACAACCAAAUGAUCAAUUUUAGCCCUCAAUUUGGAAGAUAUUUAAAUAUACGAUUAAUAGAUAAUAUUCAAAAAUGUAUUUUGGGAUAUAUUUCAUAAUACAAAGUUGUUGAAUAUAAGCCCUUAUCUAUAUUAUAGUAAAACCGACCAUAACGACAUAUACUUUUUUGUCAUGGAUUUUCGUCAUAAUUUUCUAGAAAAAUAGGACCAAAUUUUAUGAAAAAUUGUUUGUAAUGGUAAUAAUAUAUACUGUUUUUAAUUUUAAUUAUUAAUGUUUAUCUGCUCUCGUGACUAACAUUGGAUUAAUGUUAUUGUUAGAAGUAAAGCGUAGUGUCUUGUAAAAAGAGCAUUUAACAUAGAUUUUAUAUAUGUAGAUGAUAUCAUUAUUUUUAUUAUGAUGCAAUUUUCAUUGAUGGGUUAUUAUAAAUUGUCAUAAAAUGUGCUGUUUACUUUGAAGUUUCAUAGUUAAAGGUGUUUUAUUAAAAUAUUCUGUGUUUUGUAUGUUUAAGAGAUAUAAUUUGUAGUAAUUUUUGACAAUAAAUAAUUACAUACUGA